GGCACUCGCCCACUCGCUCCCGCAAAAGAAUUUUGGCGGGAAAAUUUGGCGAUUGAUUCCAAUCCCUAAUAUAUCUCCCCAUUUCAGUUUCACCAACCAGACCCACUUCUUCAUUUCUUUCUUCUCAGUUCUCACUCUCUUCUCUGCAGAAAUUGUUGUUACUCUUGCAUAAUACUGAAAACCUCCAAUCGAGCGCAACUUUGGAGCCACAAUGUCGACUUUCAAUUACCCGGUAUUACACCGCAAAGAUAUAAUCGACCUACUGAAUAAAACAGAGAUUGCCGCCAGUAAAAGCGAUUUAGAAAACCCUACUCCCGGUUUCGUUUGCCGCGUCUACCACGAUCUGCUAGACCUGUUCGGCCUUUUCAACGUAGAGGAACAAGGGCAGAUGGAAUUUGAUGACCUUGAGCAGCUUGAGAACCCCCCUGGUCACGACGAGGAAUGGUUUAGGUUAAUGAACGAGUAUAACAUGAUACGGGAGUUCAUGCUUCAAAUUGAUUGCCCUCAUGAAUUCACUCUCAAAGACCUUAUCAAGCCAGAACCUAAAAGCACCGAGUUUUUCAUUAGUUCCAUUCUUAAUUUCUGCCUCCACAGAGACUUAAAGAUGCAGUCAGUCGAAACAAUAAUCCAGGAAACUGAACUUCUUUCUCAGCAGCGAAAGGAGUUGGAGGAAAUGAAAGACGCGUUGGAUGCAGAAAUAGCUGACUACAACGCUGCAAGAGAGCGUGAGUUGCCAUUUGUUCAAGAGCUGGAUGAAAAAGUGAAAGAGUUGCACCAGACCAUUGCCAGCCUCAACAGUCAGCAGAGCUCACUCAGAACUUUUCUGCGUAACUUGAAGGAGAAGACUGGAAAUAUGGAUGAGGAGAUUUCAAAGUCUGAGUAUGAUCUGAUUCGAAGCCAGGAGGAGAAUGCAAAUUUGCGCUCUAUGAUUGUUCAGUCUCCAGAUAAGCUGCAGAAAGCUAUUGAAGAGAAGAGAUCCAUUCGGGAAGAGGCAAGGAAUGCCGAAAGGCUAGCAAUGCAGUCAUUUCAGGAGAAGACUUCGGUUCUCGAGUUGUAUUCAAAGACUUCCAAGAAAUUAUCAAAACUCUACUCUCAGAUGCAGGCUAUACAUGAGCAGAUGAAUUCUGCAAAAUCAACUGAGAAGGACCUGAAGGCUCGGAAAGCUAAGCUUAGUGAUGAUGCGGUGUUGGAUAAGUCACUUGCUGCAAAAAUAAUGGAACGUCGAGGCAAAGCACAACAGCUUGCUGAGUUGAGAUGGCAAUUGGAGAAAGAAAGACAGAUGAAAUUUGAAGAUGCUGAUAAAGUAUUACACAGUAAGAAGCUGGAAGUGGAGUCCAGGAAGCAUGAACUGGAGGAAAGGCAAAGGAAAGUAGAAGCUGUUCUUGGAGAGGCGGAUGCCAUAGAUUCAAAGAUCAAUCUCACAUAUGAAACUGGAGCUGCUAAAUUUCGGACUUUGGAUCAGAAAAUUCAAGAGCUCGUGGAGCAGUUUGAGCAGUAUCAGAGCUCUAUAAGUGAUGCAAUGAAGGGCUACGACGGCAAGUCAACUGACUAGAUGACCAUGCCAUGGCCCAUGUCAGUAUGGCACUAUGGCAGGCUGUAGGGUUAUUGUACUCUUUAAUAUCUAUCAGAUGUACUCAUGUACUUGUCACCAUGUUAAUGGUUAGUGAACAGCACUGCAGAAAGGGUGUAUGAUGUCCAUAUUUCUUUGUUACUGAUGAGUUAUUAUUCAUUCAGUCUUUACGACAUCCAUCUCCAGCGAAUGUGAAUGAACAAGUAUCCAUUUC